CGGCAUCGCCGUCUCGAGGCGCCUCGCUCGACCUUGCGUUUCGAUCGGCUCAUUUUCCAACUCGCGUCGUCUCCGACACCACUACCACCACCACAACCAUGAAGACCGCCUUUGUCACGAUGGCCCUCGCCGCGACGUCGGCGGCGGCGAUGCAGCUCAGCAACGACGAGCGCGCCACGCUCGCCACCGAAGUGUUGGCGUGGAAGGCGACGGAAGCCGGCAAAGUCGCGAUCGAGCAAGGCCUGGCCAAGCCCAGCAGCAACCAAGAGUCUCUGGACGUGUCGGAUGACGAGAUCGUCCGCUUCGCGGCCACCAAGAAGAUCGUGGACCAGCUCAACAUCGACCACCCCGAGGCGCGCUUCUCGACCAACAACCCGUUCGUGCUCUUGACGGAGAAGGAGUUUGCCGAGUACGUCAAGGGGUCGUUCGCUCGUGGCCAGCCCGAGCGCCGCUUGCGCGCCGACACGGUCGCCCGCGACUUGACGAUCGAGCAGGCCGAAGCGGCUGGCAUCGACUGGAGCGCCGACAAGUGCAACCCGUCCGUGAAGAACCAGGGCAACUGCGGGUCGUGCUGGACGUUCUCGUCGGUGGCCGUGGCCGAGCAGGCGCACUGUCUCGCGACGGGGUCGCUCCUCGACCUCUCGGAGCAGCAACUCGUGAGCUGCGACUCGAGCUCGGGCGAAGGCUGCCAGGGCGGCUGGCCUUGGAAGGCGCUCGACUACAUCUCGGCCAACGGCAUCUGCACCGAAGCCGACUACCCGUACACGUCGGGGUCGACGGGCCAGAACGGCCAGUGCAAGACGUCGUGCCGCAAGACCAAGCUCAGCAUCGGGUCCACGGUCAACAUCCAAGGCGAGAGCGCGCUCCAGUCGGCGCUCGACAAGCAGGCCGUCCAGGUCAUCGUCGAGGCCGGCAACAACGUCUGGAAGAACUACCAGAGCGGCGUCGUCAAGUCGUGCCCUGGCUCGCAGUCGGACCACGCCGUGCUCGCGGUCGGCUACGGCACGCUCAGCGGCGUCAACCACUUCAAGAUCAAGAACUCGUGGGGCACGUCGUGGGGCGCCGGUGGCUACAUCUACUUGCAGCGCGGCGUCGGCAGCAACGGCAUGUGCAACGUCGCCGAGCACCCGUCGUACCCCAAGAUUAGCACGUCGCCGACGCCCACGUCGCAAAACCCGCCGACCAAGACACCCGCGCCGACGCCGGCGCCGACGGCGGACCAGUGCCACGGCUGCAGCCAGUGCUACUACCCGGCCGGUGACGGCUGCUACGACUUUGAUGCGGCGACGUGCGAAGAUCUUAGCGGCGACUACGGCACCAUCUGGUGCGGCAACUAGGCGUCUUGUGGUGCUUCGUCUCUGCUCUUUCGUUGGUGACUUGUGCAUAUCGAUGUCAUUGUCCACAUUUGAAUACACAUGAUGUUUGUGUUCUCGGACUGCGUGGGUGGUGUAGCGUUGGUGCAUUACGCUCCCCACAAUCGACGAGAGAGUAUC